AUGCCAUCCCCUCCACAGCCAGACCUCCCUCAUCCGGCUCAUGUCGAUAGAGAAUCCGGCCUUGGUAGGAAAUUUGGCAAGGAAGUUGUGAAUUACUUCGGCAGCUCACCAUUGAACCGACUGUCCUUCCUGCGCGAAGACUACGGCUUCCUCGCCGGCGCAUUCGACCACCCGACAACCAAGUUCCUGUGCUUCAAGAACCUGUCACCUCUCCAGAAGUCUCAGACCGAAAUCCACCAUGCCACAUUACAAGAGCUCAAGCCCCUAGCACCCGAGAACCCAUACGCAAAGACCGAGAAAGAAAUCAUAGAAUCAUUCGACUCAAGAAACGUCACCGCGCAAUUCGUGUUCCUAGGCAUAGACGAAAAAGUCACAGAUGGCUACAAAUUCCGUAACUUCACCGGCGCACCACACUUUGCAGUCGACAUCACCCCAAAAGCCCCCUAUGCCGAGGCAGCCGAAAAGAUCAUCGAAGGCUUCAACGCGAAAGGGUACAGCUUCGCCGAGGGCAUGCGAGCAAUGUUCUACCACGCCGAUGUCGCCGCCGAGUACGCCCAGGGACGACACUACCUCGACUGGAACGCCCGCAACACGUUCUGCGGCACCUGUGGCCACCGCACAUUGUCCGUGAACGCAGGAGCCAAGCGUGUCUGUCCACCCAUCGACAAAGCAGAGUCUCCACCCGAGCGAGAAGCCUGCUCGACACGAACGACACUGUCCAAUCUGACCUUCCCUCGCACCGACCCUACCAUCAUCGUCGCCGUCCUCUCCCACGACAGCAAACGUCUCCUCCUCGGCCGCCAGAAGCGAUGGCCACCAUACUGGUUCUCGACGCUGGCGGGCUUCAUCGAGCCCGCCGAAUCAGUCGAGGACGCCGUGCGGAGAGAAGUAUGGGAGGAAGCAGGUGUCGUCUUGUCUCGCGUGCUCAUCCACUCGACGCAGCCAUGGCCGUAUCCAGCGAAUCUCAUGAUCGGGGCGAUCGCACAAGUAGCGGCGCCGGAGGAUGAGAAUAUCAAGUUGGACAAUGAUCCUGAGUUGGAGACUGCCAAGUGGUUCACGCUGGAUGAGAUUGAGGAGGCACUGCGGGUUGGGACGAGUGGAUUGGGUGAUCCGGCGCCGGAGGGGUAUGUGGAGGGCAAUUUGCGGUUGCCGCCUCCUACCGCUAUUGCUCAUCAGUUGAUUAGUGCGGUGGUCAAGGGCGGGUUUCUGGAGGGCGUGACGCCGCUGGCUACUGCGAGUAAGAUGUGA